AAAAGUCACUAUGGAGACCACCUACUCCGAGCACGAUGAAGAAGGAACACUGGAAGAGGAUCGCCUGAACACACCGCCAGACUCCGAAAGCUAUUAACAUUGUUUGGGCCGUUAGGGCGGUUGGCGGCAAAUCGCCGGCCGGCGGCAGUUGCGUCGCACCCCCGAAGCGUGCCUGGGCGCACGCUCCCUCUCUGCUCCUCCACUCAGCGAGCUGGGGAACGCGGCGGGCGGUGGAACUACAACUCCCGCAAGGCCUUGCGCGUCCAGGGCGCUUUACAAUAGAAGCUCGGUUGGCGAGGUCUGCGGAGAGGUGCCGGAACUGCCGUUUCCCGCAUGUUCAGCUCUACGAGAAGGACGGAUCAGUGGUGGGUGGGGGAGAGACUCCAAUGCCCAGCGGGCCCUGCGCGGGCGGCGCUUGCGCGAAACGCGGACGGGGGGGCGGUCGGGCCAUUUAAAUGUAUGUUUGUGGGUGAAAUGGCUGCGCAGGUCGGAGCGGUUCGCGUAGUACGGGCGGUGGCGGCGCAGGAGGAGCCGGACAAAGAGGGGAAGGAGAAAUCCCAUGUUGGGGUCUCCCCGCGGGGAGUAAAGCGGCAACGCCGGGCGAGCAGUGGGGGUUCUCAGGAGAAGCGGGGGCGGCCGAGUCAGGACCCCCCUCUCGCUCCCCCUCAUCGGCGGCGUCGCAGCCGCCAACAUCCCGGGCCGCUGCCUCCAACGAAUGCCGCCCCAACCGUCCCGGGCCCUGUUGAGCCUUUGCUCCUGCCGCCUCCGCCGCCACCGUCACUGGCGCCCGCCGGGCCCGCUGUCGCUGCCCCGCUCCCGGCCCCGGGCACCUCGGCCCUCUUCACCUUCUCGCCCCUGACGGUGAGCGCGGCCGGGCCCAAGCAUAAGGGCCACAAGGAGCGGCACAAACACCAUCACCACCGCGGCUCCGAUGGUGACCCCGGCGCCUGCGUUCCGGGCGAUCUCAAGCACAAGGACAAGCAGGAAAACGGCGAGAGGAGCGGAGGGGUGCCUCUGAUCAAGGCCCCCAAGAGAGAAACAGCAGAUGAAAAUGGUAAAACCCAGAGAGCUGAUGAUUUUGUCUUGAAGAAAAUAAAGAAGAAAAAGAAAAAGAAACAUCGAGAAGACAUGCGAGGAAGACGCCUUAAAAUGUACAAUAAGGAAGUACAAACCGUCUGUGCUGGCCUGACCCGCAUCAGCAAAGAAAUUCUCACCCAAGGACAGCUAAAUAGCACUUCAGGAGUUAAUCAAGAGUCCUUCAGGUAUCUGAAGGAUGAGCAGCUGUGCAGAUUAAAUUUGGGCAUGCAAGAAUAUCGGGUGCCCCAGGGAGUGCAGACACCUUUCACAACGCACCAAGAACACUCUAUUCGCAGAAAUUUCUUAAAAACAGGUACUAAAUUUAGCAACUUUAUUCAUGAAGAACACCAGUCCAAUGGUGGUGCUCUUGUCCUUCAUGCUUACAUGGACGAACUCUCAUUUUUGUCUCCAAUGGAGAUGGAGAGAUUUUCUGAGGAGUUUCUUGCUUUGACAUUCAGUGAAAAUGAGAAAAAUGCUGCCUACUAUGCUUUAGCAAUAGUGCAUGGAGCGGCUGCUUAUCUCCCAGACUUCUUGGACUACUUUGCUUUUAAUUUUCCCAACACUCCAGUGAAAAUGGAAAUUUUGGGCAAGAAAGAUAUUGAAACAACCACCAUUUCAAAUUUUCACACUCAGGUCAACAGGACAUAUUGCUGUGGUACCUACCGAGCAGGUCCUAUGCGGCAGAUAAGUCUUGUUGGAGCAGUUGAUGAAGAAGUUGGUGAUUAUUUCCCAGAGUUCCUUGAUAUGUUAGAAGAAUCACCAUUUCUAAAAAUGACUUUGCCCUGGGGUACACUUUCCAGUCUCCAGCUACAGUGUAGGUCUCAGAGCGAUGAUGGGCCUAUAAUGUGGGUGAGACCUGGAGAACAAAUGAUCCCCACAGCAGACAUGCCAAAGUCACCCUUCAAAAGACGACGAUCAAUGAAUGAAAUUAAAAAUCUCCAGUACCUACCUCGGACAAGUGAACCCCGAGAAGUCCUCUUUGAAGACAGGACAAGAGCUCAUGCUGAUCAUGUAGGUCAGGGGUUUGACUGGCAGAGUACGGCUGCUGUUGGGGUUUUGAAGGCUGUACAAUUUGGUGAAUGGAGUGACCAACCUCGCAUAACCAAAGAUGUGAUUUGUUUUCAUGCUGAGGACUUUACUGAUGUUGUACAGAGACUCCAGUUAGACCUUCAUGAACCUCCAGUGUCCCAGUGUGUACAGUGGGUGGAUGAAGCAAAACUAAACCAAAUGAGGCGAGAAGGAAUUCGCUAUGCUAGAAUUCAGCUUUGCGACAAUGAUAUCUACUUCAUCCCUAGAAAUGUCAUUCAUCAGUUCAAAACAGUGUCAGCAGUAUGCAGCUUAGCCUGGCAUAUAAGGCUUAAACAGUACCACCCUGUUGUGGAAGCCCCUCAAAACACAGAAAGCAAUUCCAACAUGGACUGUAGUUUACCUGGAAAGCGAGAAUUAGAAGUUGACUCCCAGUGUGUGAGAAUAAAAACUGAAUCUGAGGAAACAUGCACAGAGAUGCAGCUUUUGACAACUGCUCCAUCAUCUUUCCCACCUCCAUCAGAGCUUCAUCUCCAGGAUCUGAAGACACAGCCUAUUCCAGUUUUCAAGGUGGAAAGUAGACUGGACUCUGACCAGCAACACAGUCUGCAGGAACAUCCAAGCACUCCUGUGUAAUAUAUCCGAUUUCCCCAUCUCCCACUUGCCAUCCAGCAGAUGCCAUCUGUCAUCUAAGCUGGUCAUUACCUAAAACCAAGGAGACUGUCUCCUGACAGCCAGCACUGUGUGUAAUCACUCAGGAACCAGCGGAUCUGCAAAGACCUACAAUCAAACGCAAAUCUCCAUUUUCCUUUUUACAAAACAGUCUACCCUCACCUCCAGUAUAAACAAUAAAAGAAUAUAAAAAUGUUGAAAA